AUGGAAGACGCUCGCCGUCCACCGCCGCAAGACAAAUCCGAAACUACACCCGCCGGCGAAACCACACCACCUUUAGCCCUUUUUUCGCGAAAAGACACUACUGAUCAGCGCGACGCCAGCCUCGACAAAACCGUUGCCCUUGGGACCCUGGCGACCGCGACAGCUGCAUUGCCACACCAGCCCACCGUCGCAUCAUCCCACCACGGGUCGCCGAGCCGAGGGCAACCAGAAGAGUCCUCGUCGCCGCCUCUUAAGGAUCCCACCGAUGCCCUGAACUCCCCUUUGCAACAUGCUCGCACAGUUUGGCUUGCAGAGUCAAUAGCUGUAGCUGACCCCGAUUCCGGGUCUGAGCUUGAGCUCACCGACUUUGACAUGAUCAGAAAGAAGAAGUCUUUUCGCCUCGACAGGCGGCCGCCGUCCGGCACGGAUACCACGACCUACGGCGCCGUGAACCUCUCGCCGGGCGAAAGCCAGUCACCAUCCGAAGCCGACUCCGAAGAAUACAGGCACCGCUCUAGCUAUGCGCGCGACACGAGUCGUAGCCAGCGAUCGGCUAUAUCACGGUCAUCCUCCAGAGUCUCUGAGGAUCUUGACGGUGCGAUUCUCGUGUCUGGAGUGGAAGGUCGCUUUGGUCCCGCCGAAACGCCGCUUGUCGAUACGUUUAGCAAUGGAAAGCCCGACAAUUUGGACACUGAUGAAGAAGAUGCCUUUUCUGUCCGCGACGACACAUCGACAGUCGAAGAUGAAGACGAAAACUCUCCCCACGAAGCCGUCCGUGCCUCUGUGCCUCCCACCGACGAUACGACCUUGUCUAUAAACACCCCGCGAAUGUGGUGCCUGUCUGUGCUCUUCUCGAUCUUGGGCUCAUCGACCAACUUAUUCUUUUCAUUAAGAUAUCCCAGCGUCGCCAUAACUCCCGUCAUUGCGCUGCUUCUCGUACAUCCUCUUGGUUUAUUCUGGGAUGUGGCUCUUAAGCGGUCCUACGACCCCGAAGAAACAUUCGUGGAUGGUAUGCGGCACUCGGCGAUCCCAGACGAGAAUGAGCCACCGGCAAGACGAACAAAGACACUUCGCUCGUGGCGGCAAUGGUUCGCGCAGGGCCGCUGGAACGAAAAAGAACAUACAUGCGUCUACGUGAGCAGCAAUGUCGCCUUUGGUUUUGCUUUCGCAACCGAUGUCAUUGUUGAGCAGACACAGUUCUACAACCAACCUGCACCCAUCACCUACCAGCUUCUACUUACUGUGUCGACCCAAAUUCUGGGCUACGGCUUUGCAGGCAUGGCCCGCCGGUUUCUUGUUCGUCCUAGCGGCAUGAUCUGGCCGGGAACAUUGAUGUCUGCCGCCAUGUUCUCGACUCUCCAUAAGCAAGAAAACAAGCCUGCCAAUGGCUGGACAAUCAGCCGUUGGAACUUUUUCUACAUUGUCUGGAUAAGCGCUUUUGCAUUCUACUUCUUGCCCGGGCUCUUAAUGCCUGCGCUCAGCUACUUUAGCGUUAUUACUUGGUUCGCGCCCAAAAAUGUCGUCAUCGCGAACCUCUUUGGCGUCACCUCCGGUCUUGGUCUAUUUCCUCUGACUUUCGACUGGGCUCAAAUUACAUAUGUCGGCUCGCCUCUACUUGUGCCGUUCUGGGCGGCCGUAAAUGUGGUCGCCGGCCUCGUGGUUGUUAUGUGGUUCAUCGCACCGCUGUGCUACUAUGCUAAUGUUUUAUACUCGUCAUACAUGCCGAUUCUCUCUACCGCCGUGUUCGACAAUACGGGCAAGGUCUACAACGUCAGCAGAAUUCUCACACCUGAGUUCUUGUUUGACCGCCAGGCAUAUCAAAACUACAGUCGAGUCUUUCUGCCCGUGACUUAUAUGCUCAGCUACGGGAUGCAGUUUGCAGGUCUUGCAGCGCUUCUCACCCAUACCCUUUGCUGGCAUGGUAGCGAUAUCUGGCAUACCUGGAAGCGUGCUCUCGCCGAAGCGCGCGAGGAAAGCAAAGUCGCCUACGAAGCUCUCUCGGGCACACCCACAGAAACCGGCGAAACAGAGCCGGAGGAUCCCCUGUCACGCCGCGAUAGCCACGGCAACCGCUCAACACACUCCGGCUAUGACGACCUCCUCAGCCGGGAAGAUAUUCACAGCAGACUCAUGAAGCGCUACAAAGAUGCCCCUCUGAGCUGGUAUGUCCUUACAUUCCUCUCCAUGACGGCCGUCGGCAUCUUCAUCGUCGAGUACUACCCCAUCCAUCUACCGUGGUACGGUCUCUUACUCGCUCUCGCCAUGGGCGCCAUCUUCUUCAUCCCCAACGGCAUCAUCAUGGCCGUCACGAACCAGCACAGCAGCAUCUACCUCAUCUGCCAGCUCAUCUGCGGCGUUGUCUUCCCCGGUCGCCCCAUUGCCAACAUGGUAUUUGUCACGUACGGCUACAUUUCUUCCGCACAGGGCAUUAAGUUCGCCGCCGACCUCAAGCUCGGCCACUACAUGAAGAUUCCGCCGCGCAUCAUGUUCAUGGUGCAGGUCGUCGCCACCUUUGUCUCGUCCAUCACGCAGAUUGGCGUCCUCAACUGGAUGUUUGUCAAUGUCCGCGGCAUCUGCACCGCCGAGGCCGUCAACGGCUUUACCUGUCCCAUUGCGCGCGUGCACUUUAACGGUUCCAUCCUUUGGGGUGUCGUCGGCCCCGGCGAGUUUUUUGGCCCCGGCGCCAUCUACCGCGGCCUCGUCUGGUGCUUCCCGCUCGGCGCGCUGCUGCCCAUUCCUCUGUGGCUGUACAGCCGGCGCCGCCGCGGCAGCAUCCUCCGCAAGGUCAACCUCCCCGUCAUCUUUGGCGCCAUGGCGUGGAUCCCGCCCGCCACCGGCCUCAAUUUUUCUGUCUGGGCCCUUGUCUGCUACGUCUUCAAUUACGUUAUCAAGCGCCGCGCUGGCGCCUGGUGGGCCAAGUACACCAUGACGCUCAGCGCCGCCCUCGACUCUGGCCUCGCGUUCGGCAUCGUCGUCGUCUUCUUCGGCUUCAUCUACCCCGGCUGGAUGGCCAACUUCUCCUGGUGGGGCACAGAGGUCUACAAGCAGGGCUGCGACUGGCAGGCCUGCUCCUACAAGACGGUGCCAGACGGGGAGCAUUUUGGACCACCCGCGUGGUGA